AUGGGGAGCCCAUCAUCACGAAUCCUCUUGGGAUUCAGGCGGCAAUUAUCAUGUCAUGUGUCCAAGAGGGCAUCUACGCGUGGUAUCUCAUCAGUCUCUCUCGAUGCUGAUCCUCCGAUGGAAGACCCAUCGCCCUCGCAAUUACUCCGAUAUACUCUCACAAGUUCAAAUCCUCUCAACACUGAGACUGAGAAUGAUAAACUGCUGCGAGAACGAAUUUUGUCACUUAUCGAUACACAGUGGGUUUCAGGAAAUCCACCCCCAGCCUUAUGGUGUGCCCUCAAGGGAGUUCACCCCACAACUCGAAAAGAGGAAGCAAAGCGUCUUCAUUCCGUCAAUGAUAUAUCAUCAUUGAGGUCCGUUGUUGAGAGACUGGUGGUAGACGAGCAAGGCGUGAAGCUACUUAACCAUUAUCUUUUUGCUACUGGGGCCCUUCAACGUUGUGAAGAGAACAAUACAUAUUCGGAGCUUGUUUCGGUUCUGAGCGACAUCGCGACUCGACACGUCCGUCUCCAACUGCCUCGGCUGAAUACUGAUCAUAGCCUUGCUUAUGCUGCACUAGAUCUUUCAAUGCCUGCAUUCCAGCACUUUUUGCACAAUCGCCAAGAGCUUUACAUCCCCCCGCUGAGCUUUUCCAAUGGUGGCUCCGUUAUCAACGCGCUAUUCGACUCAAUCGAGUCGGUACUCUUUGAACGCCCCAAUUACGAUACCAGCUAUGUCCUUGCCAGCCUCACGGGCGAAGGGGAGCAGACCCCUCAAGACCGGCCUACAUUACAUGAUGUCCUCCACGAGUCCCCGGGUAAAGACCGGCGAAAUUGGACCACAUACCUAUGUGUCCUUGCAAGGCUCUACAGUCGCGAUGCCCUGAUCAACUCGUGGAAACAAUACAUGGCCGACUUCGACAAGACUCAGAAAGAUUCAUGUCACCUCGCCUAUAAUGUUAUUCUAGCCCUAGUCCGAUCUAGACGGUCAGAUGAAGCUGCAGUGCUUUUGGAAGAUAUCUCCCAACGCAGCGAGGAUAACUUGCCACAUAUUGCAACACUACGAAAUGUACAGGCUCUUCUCGAUGACCCGAUGGUUAGCGAAGCCCUUCCAGACUUGGUCAAAGGUCGCCAAUAUGAAGCGCUUCUUGAAACUCGUCUCGUGGACAUGGAGUCGAGACUGGGAAUCCGAUGGGAAGAGGUCCAAUGGCAAGCCAAAAGCAAGGCUCAUGUUGGGGUAACGCCAGACUCACCAUGGACAGUCUUCAAAGACCAACCUUUGCUCACCAUUGAUGGCAAUUGCGCUGGUUAUGAGGAUCCAGUACGACUGUGGUCUGAAAUUCGAGCCCAUGGUUGCUCCAAAUCUCGGAAUGAUCUUCUGCGGAUCGUUGAUGUUUUAAAUGAGCAGGACGGCGCCCCCCAGAGAGUGGCCGUCUCGCCCGUUGGGCGAGAUAUGCAGGAAUUUUACCAAUCCCACUUCUCGUCCAUUGAAUUCCAGUGGAAUCCAGAGCACUCGCCUCUCGAAUUCUCUGAGAGUCCUCUUCCAGCCCUAUCAGACCGUUCUGCAAAAUGCACGCCCGUCACGCUAGGGCUGCUUCGGGCUCGUGCGACGGUCAACGGUGUGCCCCAGGAUAACAACAAAUGCCUGCAUUUGAUACAGCUGGGGACCCUAGACAUGCGCUUUGGAGUAGAGGACUCUUGGCUCCGGUCAGGGUACAUCGUAGCCUGGGACCGACAAUACGGCGAGAUGAUUGGCGUGUUCGUAGGCGCAGGAUACGGAGUCAUUGAUCGUGGCUCGACACCAACGGACGCCCCCUUUGGAGCUAUUGUGCAUAUCCAUCCAGCAAAUGUGCCUCGCGAUGUGGGCUCGCCUUCUGAUCGACAUUCUCGAAUCCCAGCGAGAUCGUACUAUCUGGACCUUGAUCCGAGUCCCGAUCUGGGAUUUCGUUAG